CUGAGGUGGAAUUUGUGAUUUGCUUGUUUUGUGAUUGACCGUUUUUUUCCAUCUCUUGCUUCUCUUUUUUUGCUGUCGUGUCAUUGUUGUUGCGUGUGAUGGGCGGUUAGCUGCACGCCCGAUGUUCGCUUUUUGCUCAGUGGCGAAUAGAGUUGAUGUUGAGUUCAGAAGUUUGGUUUCCUGAACAUUUGGUGCCGAAACUGCGGGACGUAGAACCAGUGAUCUUUGAUCGAGUACUUCUGGAUGUUUGGUGCCCAGAAGCAAGAUAGUACUGCGCUGGUUUCGUCUAUUUAUACCACGCCGGUCGGUUUGGUGACGACAUGGACGUGGAGAGAUUGAAGAGAGCGCGCGCCGCGGCUAGGGGCUGGGCCACGCGAUCGUGCAGGGCCCUCCAGCUGGCGUGUAGCGCUCCAGAGCCGGAUUGCUAUGAAAUCCAAGAGCUGAAAGCCGAGGUCGAGCAGAGGUUGAGUGCGCUAGAUUCGUCUCAAGCUGCGCUGGAAAUUGAGUUUGAUGAGUCGGAGCUGCCAGAAGUUGUGGAAGAGGCUGCUGACUUUCGCAGCGGUAUCAGCAAGGUGCUACGCACUGCUGGUAAGCUUCUCCUUCGUGAUAUUGAUCCGAACCUGCCUGCUCACUCUGGUGGGGCCUCCAAUGCUGGAACCUCUGGUCUGCCGAGACUCCCGAAGUUAGACCUACCCAGUUUUGAUGGGGACGUCCUGAAGUGGUUGAACUUCUGGGAGUGUUUUCAAGCAGCAGUUGGUGAUAAGGAGGAGUUAGCGGACAUUACUAAACUGGCCUAUCUUCGGUCCCUUCUGCGGGGUGAGGCUGCUCAGUGCAUUGCUGGGCUCCCGCUGACUGGUGCCAACUUUGCUACUGCCAGCAAGCUGCUGCAGGACAGGUAUGGCAGGACGGAUUUGAUCAUCUUUAAACAUGUGCAAGGUCUGCUGAACAUGGACAGAGCAACUGAGGAUGUGAGCAGUCUCCAAAAGUUGCAAGAUGAGCUUCAAGUGCAUGUGCGGAGCCUUGAGUCACUUGGAGUGAAAGGAGACAACUAUGGGGUUAUCUUAACUCCACUGUUGCUGAGCCGGCUUCCCAAGGACAUUUGCCUGGCUUGGGCGCGUGACAGUGUUGGCAAGGAAGGUGAUCUGGUGUUCCUGCUGGAGGUGCUUAAGGCUGAGGUGAACUCCAGGGUGAAGUCUGGGGUUUACAGCGGCCUGUCUGCAGCUGGUGAGAAACCGACUACAGCUUCAGGAGUGAAGACCCGGCCAGUGGACCGGGACAGCGGUCGGAGGAAGAGGCUUCAGCAGCCUCGGUCUGGGGCAGCUCUGCAGGCUGCUUCCCCUGGUGCUGGUGCUGGGUGUGAGUUCUGCUCAGGGCCACACAGAGCUACUGAGUGUCCUGACUUCCUCAGCUUAAGUGUAAGCGAGCGACAAGACAAGGUGAGAGGAGCUAACUUGUGUUUUGUCUGCCUAAAGGGGGGACAUCGAGCCAGACACUGUCUAGAGAAGUGUGCUCACUGCAAGGGUAGACACAAUGUGCUCUGUUGCUACAAACAUGUCUUUGACUUUACUCACAAGGGUGUGAAAGCUUCUGAUGCUGUUUCAAGUGAUAGUGCUCAUGUGGGUUCAGGCAGUAGGCCUGCUGCCACUGCUUCAUUGUCAUGUGUACCCCCAGUUCAAUGUAGCGUACUGCCUACUGCUCGUGUGUAUGUGAAGGGUAGUAAGGGGGUAGUUGAAGCUACUUUGAUGUUUGACACUGGGAGUGAUCGCAGCUAUGUCAGCCAGUCACUGGUGAAAAGAGUUGGUGCAACUUGGAUAAGAGCAGAAAGGAACACUUACUGUGCCUUUGGUGGGGGCAAGUCUGCUAUCGCUGAGCGUCAGUUGUAUGAAAUGGAGGUGUCAGGAGCCAAUAUGGCCAGGCCGGAUGCAGUCUGUUUGAGGGCCAUGGAGGUUCCUGUGAUUUGUUCCCCUUUGCAACGUCCGCAGGUGCCACAGGAGGUGGUUCGCUCCUUGGGUGGUUUGGAGCUGGCGGACGGGAGAUUCAGUUCUGAUCGACACCUGUCUGUGGACCUGCUGGUUGGGCUGGACCAGUACUGGCAGCUGCUGAAGGACGGCCUGCUCCGUACUUCUGCAGGUCGAAGGCGCUCAUCAAGCACGCAAUCCUGGAGAACGACUUCAUGAAGAACCUGCAGAACGACCAGAUUCAGGAGAUAGUCGAGUGCAUGUAUCCGGUGGAGUACAAGCGGACCUCCUUGAUCAUCAAGGAGGGCGACAUCGGUAGCGUCCUCUUCGUGC